GGAAAAAUCACUCUUGCUCUUUACCUAGGUUUUUCUAUAGCGCGGACGAGCGCGUCGAGAGAGAGGGAGAGAGGAGAGAGGAGAGAGAUCCACAAUAUCGGCAAUCGAUCGCGCGAGCUCGGCGAUGGCGCUCAUACAGAUCCCGGAGCACGACACCGGUACGCCGCGAUUGCGCCAUGGCGGGGAGGAAUUCGUGGAUAUUUCGAGCAGGGAAUCGCAGCGCAGGGUUUCUUUCUCCAGCUUCUUGGCCAGGCAGGAGGAGGUCCAGCAGCUCCAGCUCGAUGCCGCUGCGGCGGCGCCAAUCGCGAGCAGUAGCGGCGAUCAGCCCGCGGAUUUCGAGUUUGUCCGGCCCAAAUCCCCUCGCGGCGGCACCGAUUCCACCGCAUUUCCAGCCGACGAGCUCUUCUACGACGGCAAGAUGCUGCCAUUGGAGCCCAUGUCUAGGAUGGCCAUGGUGAAGGAUCUCAACACGCUGAGAAGGGGGGGAUCCGCGCCGCCCAGCCCCUACUUUAGCAGCUCGGGCAGUGCCAAGGCGCCCACGACCCAGAAGUCGUCGUCCUAUCCUCCCCGGGGGAGAAGCUCGAGGCGAUUCAAGGAUUUCUUCUUCGUGGCGUUAAAGAAAAGCCACAGCACGCCUCCAAUUUCGCCUCCUCCUCCUCCUCCUCCUUCAUCAAAGCCUGCGUCAUCGAGCUCCAAUCUUCUCCGAAACAUCUUUUUUGGGAGGAAGGAAUCAUCGUCAUCGCCAUCGCCAUCGCCAGCACCAACUUCUUCCAGGGCCGCUCAAGCCCAAGUUGGCGAUCACCAUAACCAACACCACCACCACUCCAAGAGCAAGCAGCAGCAGCAGCAAAGGAAGAACAGGGCGAUUGCCAGCUUCUUCCCACCAUCGCCAUCCUUGGCGAUGGACAUGAAUUUCACGAGGAGCGCUCCCGCGACUCCCCUGCAUCACAGGGCAAGCGGCGGUGGAUUCGUGCCAGUUCUUCACGUCCCGGCUUGCAUUGGCCCAGCAAAAGUCUCCAAAUUCUUCUCUGGAUCUACAAACAAGACUGUAGAAGUUUUCAUGUGAUUGCUGCAAAACAAAGAGAAAAGAAUCUCUGUGACAACCAAAGCAUACUCCAAAAAACUAUUUCUCAGAGUAAAAAAAAAAAAAAAUUGAUUUUGUAAAAAGGUAAUAUUUACAACUACAAGAGAACUUGUCUACAAAUCUCCAAGAAUCAAACAUGCUCCUUUUUUGUCCAA